AUGGAUGACCUUCAAUCUAGCGCAAGAUGGGCGAAUCGUGUGCUGCGCCCUCUGACCUCCAUCUGUCGUCGAAUCGAAAAGCACCAACGCAUGCUAUCCGUGAUCGCAUCCGAGUCGAGGAAACAACAAACAGCGCAAAAACAAGCUGCAGUGGAUACAGAGAAACAAGAGGAUCGCGUGGACAACCUUUCAACUUCCGACGCAGACGACAAUGACCCGGUCUGGAUUCCAGGGAGGCUCGAACGGCGCCGCGCGAGACACAAAUAUUCAAACAGAGGCGAGGAAAACAACGGAAGGAGGCGAAACAGACUAUCGCUGCAAAGUCCUGAAGCACCGCGGACCCUGCCCGGCUGCAUCGAGAUCGCGACACCGCAAAUUACAGGGAGACGAUGGCAGAUGCCCCCGAGCGCGCAGUCGCAACGCUCAAUCGACAGACCUAGCUUUGUCCCUCAGCCUGCGCAGCAGCAAGCAUUUCGUGAAUUGUACUCGUUGCACAAGAGCCCUUGGCAGGAACUGCUUGAUGAAUCUGGCGACCCGACCUUUGCUGGCAUAGCCCACAAUCUCGACCGUGUUUUCCAGAACUUCCUUUUCAAUACUCGAAUCUCCAAGACCGAGGCAAAUCCCCUGGCCAAAAAGGAGGUCACUCGCGGAGCUCGGUCUUUAAUGUCGAUGCUUGCGCGACGCCUGCCUGUGUUCAUUGCGACUGAACAAAAAACACAAGAUGAUCUUGACGAAGAUGGAGACGAAGAUAUGUGCGAUGCAUACUUUACAGAAUUAGAAACAUUUUAUGCACCUCACGGUUCUGGCUGGAAGCCGCUCCGUGAGGCUACUCGCGCGCAGGGUAUCCAUUUGAUUGCUUCGAUGAUACGGAAUCAUUGGGUGUCAGAUGGAAUUGCUUGUGCAUUGAUUGAAAAGUGUCAAUCUUGCGCUCCCGAUGCUUGUCAAUCGCUACUUUCUACGUUGCUGUCCACCCGCACUUCUUAUCCACACCCGACUGCCUUGAAGUCUCCGGACCAGCCCAGUCCUUCUGGAGACGCGGUUCGAUUGUUACGCAGAUAUGCACACCAUGGGGUUGCUCCUCCAUCUUACAUCUUCGAUGAACUUGCAAAGCUUGUUUCAAGGGGCAUAUUGCCCCCUGAAUGGAUGGCGACCAAGCAAUGGACUGUCUGGGUGACACGAGCGACGAUAUCGUUUUCGAAACAAGAUGAUGACUAUGUUGCAGCUUCCAGACUUAUAGAAGCCGUGAUUCUCUCAGCGAGUGAUGUGCGCCACGCUACUGCUGUACAUUCUUCUUUGAAGGCCCCAACGGGACCCAAAGCCAAGAGUGCCCGUUCUCGUGAUACCAGGGCUUCUUCUAUAGGGCCAUGGCAAAAUCCGCAUCUUCCGCAAAGCUGCCCCCUGCAGGUUGAAGAUGCGCUUAGCAACCAUGUCAUAAGUCUCAUGGCAGCGAUGUGUGGUAUGCAUAUGUCACGGUCUCGUGCCAGCGAUAACAGUGAACGCUCCAAUGGAACAAAGGCAGGCCAUCUUAUCAGCUAUAUCAUGCUUGCUCUACAGCGAGACAUGGACUUGAACCCACUAUGUCAGCGACCAAAUCUUACACCACAUCAACUACUACGGCGCGGCUGUAUCUUACUUGGCACCAGCAUUGCACAGUGUAAUGACGCACUUUUGUCUGACGAUACUACUUACAAGAUACCCUCAACAACUAGUGUUGAUGAAUGUGCGCGAUCCAUUGCAUCUCGCACAGACAUGAUUAAAGAAAUGGCAUUAUUUGUGCGACAGGCAUUCCGUGGUCUCAAGACUGGCACAGAAACCGAGCGUGACCCUGUGAGCGAAGAUGUACGUCGCAUGAUUGACCAACUGUCCCGCCUGGCGGAUACACCAGGCCUGUCUUCUUUGCUUGGACAAGUUGCUGCAGAAUCUGCCAUGAUAUUUGCAGAGGCCACAGAUGAUCCAGAAGACCUUGUUUGGGCGAUCGAGGCUCAAGAGACAGUUGUCAAAAUCCAAACCCAGAAGGAACCCAAACCCGAGGAAGACUCUGAACAAGACUCUGAGCUUGAGGAGCUUGCACAAAGCAAGAGUUUGUUCCGCUGGGAAGAAAGUAUAGGCGAGUGGGUGGCACGUACGCCAACCAGCAAGCCCAAGCCUAGGCCCAUUCUAGUUCAAAAGUCCUCAAGGCCCUUUGCGCGGAUGCUCUCAAGCCCAGGACCAUGCAUUCCUGGCACCGACGACAGUAGCUCGUCUGCCGAUGAUAGCUUGGAAGACUCUAUCUCAAGUGUGAUCUCAUCGCCUUCAUCGGUGGCCGUCCCUCUUCCUGUAGCCCCCAAGCGAACAUUCGAAGACACGGAUUCCGUGCAGUUUCCGCCUAGGAAGCGUCAGCGACCCACCCCAGUUAUUGUGUUUGAGAAUGAGAAGAGCAGUGCCCAAAGACGCUCGCCUUCGCCUAAUAGAUACAACUCCACCGUGGAACCUGUCUCCCGCCGUGAGGCCCUACGAGAAAGGCGCAACGUCAACAUGCGAAUGUCCCCUGCAAAGCAAGGCAACAAAGUCGAAGUUGUGGUUGUCAACAACCGAGAAACUCGCACACGACAGGAUACAACCCGGCCCGCAUUGGAGCGGGGUGAGAGACAAAUCCAUCGCACAAUGCAGAGACAAAGGCCUGCGCGCUCUCCCAGUCCAUCCCCAGCCAUGCCCAAAAUUGGUGGGAGGCGCAUCUCCCAAUUUGUUAUCCCCUGGUCUCAGGAAGAGGAAAGUGAUGAUGAGCUCAGUUUCCUGUGA